UCAAACAUUUGUGUCAAUCGUCUUCGAGCUCGAGAACCAGAAACAAUGGUUCGAUCAGACGGAGGCGCAACUUCACUACCCAUGGAGAGCAAAAGGAGGAAGAAGCUUCAACAGCACAGCGAGGGAAACGACACCGUUUCAUCAGCCCCGCCGUGGCAGGCUUUUCUGGUCCAUCCGAUCUCCGGCCUAGGGCUAGCAUCGGCUCUCUGGAUGGCCCGCAAUUUCUACUCUCUCAAUCUGAUCUCCGAUCCUUUUCGGACGCUCCGUCUGGUUUGGAUUAUCAUGGCCCCAAUAGUGAUUCUUCUUCACAGUAUUGUUCGGCAAAGUCCAGAGAAAUGCUCGUACUGGAAAGCUGUAGGGCGAGGCGUAUUGGGACUGCCUGCUGGGGCAGUAGUGAAUGCGCUUGGAGCUAUUGCUUUGGGAGCACCUGUUGGCAUUAAGUACUUAAUGAGGACCCUUAACUGGUCAAUGUUGAUGUCAUUGUUCACUGUUGUCCCUGCAGCUUCUGUUUUUGGCUCAUCAUGGACUGAUUGGCAACGAAUACUUGCACAUACAAAGCCAAUGAGCUCUAUCGAUUAUAUGAUUUGUCUACCUGCGCAUGGAGCUGUCAUUGGAGCUUGGUUUGGGGCCUGGCCAAUGCCACUUGACUGGGAAAGGCCAUGGCAGGAAUGGCCUAUUUGCGUGAGUUAUGGAGCUAUAGCCGGGUACUCGAUUGCAAUGGUGGCAUCUUUCGUGUUGUUACUGCUGUGUGGAGACCAGCAGCAUGUCAAAGGAGAAUAGCUGGCUACAAAAACUCUCUUGUGUGCUUGAUUGCAAUGGUGACAGCAUGCGUUCUUGGAUGGCUUGGACAAUAUUGUCAACAUGUUCUGAUCCCCAACUGGUGGAAAGUAAUAGGCUUUAAAGUUCAUGCUCUCUGUCUACAUUCUCAUCAAUUGGGCAAAUAGCAGUUUGGUUGACAUUCUUUUGUGCACACAAUUUUGAUGCUAACCUGAGCUUUUUACCACUCACGUGUUUCUUUGACUUUCAUUGUACUGAAAUAGUUUACCUGUUUGCAGUAGAAGCUCUUUUACCCUGAACUGAUAGGAAGUCUAUGUUUAAAUCUCUCACUCAAAAGGUGAAUCCACCCGAGAUUUGCU